AUGAAAAAAGGUGGAACUUUAUAUAAAGAGACAACAAACCACUUUCUUAAAUCUUGCUUUAAGAAUUAAGAAAAUAUAAAAUAUUAAUUUGUUAACUCUUAUGCUAAUACUACUUACAGUAACCUCUCGUUAUCUCAGAUUUCGGAUAUUGAGAUUUCCUAAAUCUGA